UUCCUCUUGCAGUAAUGCGUAGAAAUCCAUUCGGGAUGGACAUUUGCUGCAGGAAAGGAUCCAGAAGCCCACUCCAGGAACUGUAUAAUCCCACCCAGUUGUCCAACACAGCAAUUCUUCAUCAGAUUAGACGAGACCAAGUGACAGACACAUGCCGAGCAAACAGUGUAUCUAGCAGGAAGCGCCGCGUGCUGACACCCAACGAUCUCAAACACCUGGUUGUGGAUGAAGAUCAUGAAAUGAUCUAUUGCUAUGUUCCCAAAGUGGCCUGCACAAACUGGAAGAGAGUGAUGAUGGUUUUGACGGGAAGAGGCAAGUACAGCGAUCCGAUGGAAAUCCCAGCCAAUGAAGCUCACGUGUCUUCGAACCUGAAGACCCUCAACCAGUACAGCAUCCCAGAGAUCAACCACCGCUUGAAAAACUACAUGAAGUUCCUCUUCGUUCGCGAGCCUUUUGAGAGACUGGUGUCAGCCUACAGGAACAAGUUCACCCAGAAGUACAACACUUCCUUCCACAAACGAUACGGCACCAAAAUCGUGAGGCGCCAGAGGAAAAACGCAACCCAGGAAGCUCUGCGGAAAGGCGAUGACGUGAAAUUUGAAGAGUUUGUGGCGUAUCUCAUCGACCCGCACACCCAAAGAGAAGAGCCCUUCAACGAGCACUGGCAGACUGUGUACUCUCUCUGCCACCCUUGCCACAUCCACUAUGACCUCAUAGGAAAGUACGAAACGCUCGAAGAGGAUUCAAAUUAUGUUCUCCAGCUGGCGGGAGUAGGCAACUACCUGAAGUUCCCCACCUAUGCAAAGUCUACGAGAACUACUGACGAAAUGACCACAGAGUUCUUCCAGAACAUCAGCUCCGAGCACCAAACGCAGCUGUACGAAGUCUACAAACUUGAUUUUUUAAUGUUCAAUUACUCAGUGCCAAGCUACCUGAAAUUGGAAUGAGGGAUGGGUCGGGGGGAAAGAGGGGAGAGAAAGCCUGUUUUAUUUAAGAUUUUUAUUUGUCAUAAUAAAUAUGGAGAAUGGGUUAUUUUGUAAAUUAAUAUUUUCUUUUUUUUGAAUGAUGCUGCGAGCAGCACAGUCAAAAUUAUUUAAAUCAACUGUAAGAAAGGACAGCUCUCUUUGCAGGGUAACAGGAUUGUGACGAUCCAGCUGUAGAAAUGAAAUAAUACUGCUACACUGUUUUAAAAAAAUGUUAAUUGUGUUCUGGUGAAUUUCAUUGAUCUUGCAUUCCUCCAAUUCUAAUUAAUGUUAUUUAUACUUAUUUAAAACAUGGUCUCUUGGUAGGUGUCAGUUCAGCAGCAGAGGUGAGAUAACAUUUGGACAAAAGGAGUCUGGUUUUGUGCUUUCCUCAGUUGAGCUUGUCUCUGAGUAAUAAUAUUCUUCCAUUAGCCCUUGGUACAGGUAAAUACGGGAAUGGUUCUUGAUACCACAUGCUUUGAGAAGAGUGGUGAAAAUAAUUUCUUCAGAAAGUGAUAUUGCACUUAAGCAUACCAGAAAAAAAUCUUUCUAGCCCUGAAAGGGAAAAGUAAAACAGAUU